AUGGAUGCUUGGUUUCGGACUGGGUCUUGCCGUAAAACGAAGCUGUCAAGUGAUGAAGGAACUAGUAAUAUUGAAACUGCUAGUAGUGAUAUUGUUGAAAUGUCAAUGUUAAAUAUAGCAAAGAAAACUAAAAUAUAUUUUCGUAAGUAUAAUCCUGAUUUUUUAAAAACCGGAUUUGUAUUUUCUGGUAUUGAGGUGGAACCUCUGCCUCAGAGUGUGAUUUUUUUCGAAACGCUAUCCAACGAAUGCAUGAAAUUCUCAAAACUUGAAAGUCAUCUAUCAACUAAACAUCCUAAAUGUGUAAGAAACCUCUCGAUUUCUUUGAAAUCAAAAAAAAAAUUUUCUAUGACUAAAUUAAUUAUGGACAAAUCUUUAAAACAAAACAUACUAAGUAUCAGAAUUUCUUAUGAGCUUUAAUUGUUAAUCGCAAAGAAGGGGUCAGCUCACACCGUGAUAAAACUUAUUAUUCCAGUAUCAAAAAUAAUAAGUAAUGCUUUGUUUGAUGAAAAAUAUACAAAAAAAAAAAAAAAAAUGAAAUGAAAUUCCGUUAUCAAAUACAACUGUAAAAAGAAGAAUUGAUGAGAUAUUAGAAAAUGUGAAAAUAGCUAUUAUUACUGUUUUGAAGUGAAUAUUUUUCGCUUCAACUUGAUGAAAGUACAGCCGUUGCUGGCCAAGCUAAUUUAUUAGGUAUUGUUCGUUUUGAGUUGAACGGCAAUAUUAAAGAACAAAUGCUGUUUUGCCAGUCUUUGUCAACAAAAACAACUGGUGAAAAAAUUUUCAAAUCUGUUGACAGUUUUAUAAAAGAAAACGAUGCAGAUUGA